AUGGAAGUGUACGCCCCGGCUCUUGAUACCCCCCGCGCAGGGUCCGUCGCAAAGGAACAACAGCGCCGAGAAGAUGCGGUCAACCAAUACAUCCAGGACGUCCGGGACGUUCUCGUAAUCGGGUCUAAGCCAUAUAGUCUAUCGCAACAUAGACAUGGAUAUAUACCAAAUGCCGAGCUCUGGAAUGAAUUGGAAUUCCAUUCGCCUAGACUCCUCCCGUCGUACACCCCGCCAGCUCACCUUCCUCCUCCCCCUCCACCAUCCUACGAAGAUGCGCUCGCCGAUAUCCCGCCAGAAUACUACGAUACGCUCCCUGCUCUCGCCGAGCGACAGAGCGCUAAAUGCGACUCGUCCGCGCCCCCUACGCCUGCGACGAAAUCCCGCUCUGCAAAGUCGCAUUCGUUUUGGAAAGAUGCGCUUGUGGAUUUUGAUGUCGAUUUUGGUCAUCCGGUUGGUGUUCGCGAACAUAAGAAGAAAAAGCCGGCGGCGGCGAAGAAGGCCACCCCGGCUGCUGCCCCCGCUGAUACUGGCGGUGGUUCGGAUAAUACAGGAGGUGACGCACCCAGUGGUGAUGGGGGUGGUGAUGGAGGAGGUGGCGGCGAUACGGGAGGUGAUGGCGGUGGAGACGAUGGGGGCGGCGGCGGUGGUGACGAUUGGGAUGCUUGGGGUACUAGCGGAAGUAAGAAGAAGACGAAGAAGCAGGAGGAAGAGGAAGAGGAGGCGCGCAAAGCUGCCGAAGCUUCUGCUGCGAAUAAUCUCAGCUGGGCUGACGAAGCAGAUGGCGGCGGUGAUGACUGGGCUGGAUUCGCAGAAGUCGGAGGGAAAAAGAAAAAGGGCAAGGAAGAUGCUCCGCCGGGUGGCUUUCAAGAUGUCAGCUUGAAUGAUAAUGCACCCCAGCUUGACUUGAACUUCGAUUCUGGCCCUAAAACCGGAGGCACUGGUUUCAGCUUCGGUGGAUGGGGCAAGGAUUGGAAUACUGGCGGUAAAGGAGACCCAGCACUUGGGUCCAUUGGUGAUGCUAAAGGCACGAAUCCCUGGGCAAAUAAUUCUAAGAAGUCAAAGACCCCUGGCGGGUUUGAUUUUGGGGAUCUUGGUCCUCCGGGCCCGGAUCCAGUUCCCGAGGCAAAGGAAGAUGAUUGGGGCGCCUGGGGUACUGCCACUGGCAAAGACAAGAAGAAGAAAGGCGACCCCGAACCUGAACCUGAACCUGAACCGGUGGUCGAGCCCGAGCCCGAACCCGAGUCUGAACCUGAAGAAGAACUUCCCCCAGAUCCAUCACUUGAGACUUCGUUCCUGGGCCUUUCGAAAAAAGAACAGCGGAAGGUCAAGAAAGAGUGGGAAAAGAAGGUGAAGGAUAUCGAGGAAAGGAACAAGCCGAUCAGGGAAGCCAAGGAAGCCAGGAAAGCAGCCAAAGAGGAAGCAGCUCGGAAAUCCCAGGAAGAAGAGGAAGCCAAAGCUCAAGAGGCCGCCGCCGUGCCUGAAGAUGACUUCUCCUGGGAUGUGCCCACGAAAUCCAAGGACAAGAAGAAGAAGAUAGAUCUUCUUGCUGACCCCUUACCAGCGCCAGACCCACCCCCAGCGGGUGACGACUGGAUGGGUAGCUGGGGUACCGCUGGUAAGAAGAAGGAUAAGAAGUCGAAGGCCGAGCCUGAGCCACUGAUCGAGGAUCCCCCACCGGAGCCAGUUAAAAAGGAAGAGGAUUGGGCUGGCUUAAAUGUCACGAUCAAGGACAAGAAGAAGAAGAAGGGCAAAGAGCCUGAGCCUGAGCCGGAGCCUGAACCAGAGCCUGAACCCGAACCCGAACCCGAACCAGAGCCGGAACCUGAACCUGAACCAGAGCCGGAACUUGAACCAUUAUAUGAAGGGUGGGCGACCUUGUCCUCCAAGGAAAGAAAGAAGCGUGAGAAGAAGUUAACACAGAAGGGCCUUGGUAUUCCGGGCAAGGAUGGUUUCGAGCUUCCUAGCGAUAAGCCGGCCGAACCAGAACCAGAGCCAGAGCCUAUACCUGAACCUGAACCUGAACCCGAGCCGGAGCCUGAACCAGAGCCAGUGCCUGAGCCAGAGAAACCAAGCGACGACUGGGGUGGCUGGGGUGUGACAGUGAAGAAGGACAAAAAGAAAAAGAAGGGCAAAGAAAUCGAAGAACCGCCACCACCAGCACCUAGUCCUCCUGCGCAGGGCCUUACUCCUGAGCCCGAUGCGGAUCUCCAAAACGGCGAUGACAUCUGGGCUGAACUUGCUCCGAAGAGUAAUAGCACGAAGAAGAAAGCCCUCGAACCCGCCAAGGAAGAAAAGCCUGCCGCCAAAGGUUUCUGGGGAAGUUUGAUGGGCAGCUCUGCGAAACCCAAGACAACCAAGAAGGAAGCCCCUCCCAAGAAAGAAAUACCAGAGGAAGACCUUCUCAUCGAUGUUGGGGACGAUCCUAAGGAACCCGAGCCAGAACCUGUGCCUGAACAAGAACCAGAGCCAGAGCCAGAGCCAGAACCCGCACCUCCUGCAGCGCCAGAGCCACCACCCGUGGAGAAGUCGAAAUCCAAGACAAAGACUUCAACCGCCAAACUUUCUGUGGCCGAGCGUAUAAAAGCCCUCGAGCAGACAAAGAAAGACAAGGCGAAGGAUCUGGGUUCUAAGAGCAAGAAAAAGCCUGAACCCGAACCCGAACCUGAAGUUGUCCCUGAGCCAGAGCCUCUAGAAGAAGAGAAGGAACGCUCUAGUGAUUAUCUUCCUGGCAGCUUCCCCGAUGAACCCGAAGCGCCUCCUGCCGAGGCGGAGCCCGAACCAGAGCCAGAGCCGGCUCCUGAGCCCGAACCGGACCUGUCAAAAAUGACCAAAAAGGAGUUGAAGAAGUACAAGAAAGCCCAGGCUGAAAAGGAGGCUGCUGCUGCCGCCAAACCACCUACUCCACCCCCUGCCGAGGAACCACCUGCCCCAGAACCCGAGCCAGAGCCAGAGGCAGAAUCUGCAGAUGAAGGUGCCCCUCCAACACCUCCACCGGAGCCUGUUGAGGAAGCUCCAAAGUCAUCGAAGAAGGACCGCGCCAAGGUUGAGAAGACGGGUAGUUCAGGUUGGGGCUUCUUCGCAGGUGCUCCGCCACCAAAGAAAUCUAGCAAGAAAGAAAAGAAGGUGCCAGAGGAGAUAGAGCCACCCAAGAAGAAGGAGAAGGAGAAAGCGCCAGAACCAGAGCCACAACCAGAACCAGAACCAGAACCAAUUCCAGAGGUAGAAGAUUCUCCGCCCGCCAAACCGAAAUCUUCCAAAUCAAAACCCAAGGAAUCCGAUCAAGAGCCAGAGAAAUCAUUUUCUGACCGUGAGAGGCGCAAGGAACGCGAGGAAAGACGGGCGGAGCGGGAAUCAGCAGAUCGCGAUGCUCGUUCUUCGAAGCAGCAGCGUGCAGCAAAAAUGUCUAGCUUCAUGUUCGGUGGACCUCCUCCGCCACGAACAAAGUCAUCUCGUAGACCAGAUGGUGCUGCUGUGAAGAAACCUUCAUCCAAAUCGGCUUCUAGGCGUGCAUCUGAAGAUGUGGAUGAAGCUGUUAUGCCUUCCCCUCCACCUGAAGACAAGCCUGAGGUAUCGGAUAAGGCCGCUAAGCUGAUGGGCAUCAACGCGUCGAAAUCGAAACGGGACCGGCCACGUGCAGAGAGACGGAAGUCAGCCCGAGAUCCUUACGCUAUUGAAGAUGAUGACUUGGUCAUGGUUGAUAAAGAAGAUGCGGAAGACCAGUCGCCGAAGGAGGGUUCCAGAGGAUCUGCACCUACGAAGCGAAAGUCCAAGCGAGAGCCCCGACCCCGAGGCGACGAUGAAGAUGCCGUCAUGGUCGAUGCAGAACAAGCUCGCGGAGGUCCAGAUGUUCUAUCAGGACCUGAUGACAUUGCUUUCGUCGAUGCGCCUCCCAAAGAGCGUCGCCUAAAACGAUCCAACACGGCUCCUCCCAAGAAACAAGAAGGCGGAGGAAUCAUGGGUCUUUUCGGUUCCUUGAGGAAGAACACCCGCCCCGAAAUGCCUGAUCGUCGCAAAUCCCGCUCAUACCGCGACGAAGAAUCGAAGGGUUUGACUGAGACAGAGCGUGAAGACCGUCGACCACGUCGAGAAGAUCGUCGUCGUCGUCCCGCGAAACCCGAUACCGACGCCGAGGGAUUCACGACAGAUGCCGCAGGCGCAGCAGGCGGCGAAACCGAACCCGAAGACGCCGAGGCACGCCGAGCAGCACGUCGCGCAAAGCGCUCUUCUCGCCAAGCACCUUCCGAAGCGCGCGAAACGGAAGCGCGUGAAGAAGAAGAACGACGCGGACGCGCCAGACGCAAAGAGAAAGAGCGAGCCCGCGAGGUCCGCGAACAACAGGCCCGAGAAGAGGAAGAACAGCGCCGCCAGGCUGAAAAGGAAGCACGCCGCGCUGCACGCGAGGAGCGACGCGCAAAAGAAGAGCAAGCAGCCCGUGAAGCAGAAGCAGCUGCCGAAGCCAAGGCCACUGAAAGACGCGAACGUCGUCGCCAGCGCGAAGAAGAGGCCAAGGCCAAAGCCCAGAGCCGCCGCCACUCCCGUGUUGAAGAACCCAUGGACCCAUACGCAGCUGAAGAACAGGAGAUCGAUCGUCGUCGCGGCUCGCGAACAGAGGAUCCCAAGGCUCGACGUCGCAAGUCGAAGGCUCCGCCUCCACCGCAAGAACAACCUCGUACAUCCCCAUACGACAGGUCAGGCGGUAUCAACCACGGCGACACAGGCGGGCCCAAGAAAGACAAGAUCUCAUCGUGGGUCUACUCGCAAGCAGAUGAACCUCCAGAACCCCCACCCAUCAUGCCCACGGUCCUCGACAUGCCUCCCAACGAAAGGGAACGCCGCUUCUCUUUCCUCGGACGAAGAGAGAUCGACGAGAUUCGCUCGCGGAAGAGAGAAGCUCAGAGUCGUGUGAAGAGUUCUUCGGGUAGUGGGGACUAUGAGCGUGAUCGUGGCGCACGGUCUCAUGGUAGUCGGCAUGGAGAUCGAGAACGGGAGCGUGCUGCGCCCCCCGAGCUCAGGUGGGAAGAAGAGCUGGUUUAA